AGUACUUCCUGGUCAACAUUUAACAGCAGACACUUACAGUCGUCUUCUUUUUCUUCUUUUUUUAGCGGUUCGUUGAUUUUGGAAAACAAAAAUGCCGGGCCCCGACAAAGAAACCGACCUGACCGAGCGGGUUGAAGCCUUCCUGUCCGACCUGAAGCGCGGCGGCAGCGGGGCGGGACCUCUGCGGGGCUCGGCGGAGACUGCCCGAGAAACGACCGCACUGCUCCGCAAGAUUACGGCUCAGGCUCGGUGGAGCAGCGCAGGUGAUCUGAUGGAAAUAAUACGGAAAGAAGGGAGGAGAAUGACAGCUGCCCAGCCGUCAGAGACCACAGUGGGUAACAUGAUCAGGAGGGUCCUGAAGAUCAUCAGAGAGGAGUAUGCCAGGUCUCGAGGAAGCAGCGAAGAGGCAGACCAGCAGGAGUCCCUCCACAAGCUGCUGACCUCUGGAGGACUCAGCGAGGAGAACUUCAGGCAGCAUUUUGCUCCCCUCAAAGCAAAUGUCAUUGAGGCCAUCAAUGAGCUUCUCACUGAGCUGGAAGGAACAACAGACAACAUCUCCAUGCAGGCCCUGGAGCACAUCCACUCCAACGAGGUCAUCAUGACGAUCGGGCGCUCCCGCACAGUGGAGGCUUUCCUGAGGGACGCUGCACGGAAACGCAAGUUUCACGUCAUCGUUGCAGAGUGUGCCCCCUUCUGUCAGGGACAUGAAAUGGCCACCAACCUAUCCAAAGCUGGCAUUGAAACAACGGUGAUUGCUGACGCUGCAAUAUUCGCUGUCAUGUCUCGGGUCAAUAAGGUCAUCAUCGGAACUCAGACCGUUCUAGCCAACGGCGGUUUGAGGGCUGUGAACGGGACGCACACUCUCGCCUUAGCAGCCAAGCAUCAUUCGACGCCUCUAAUUGUCUGUGCCCCCAUGUUCAAGCUAUCGCCGCAGUUCCCAAACGAGGAGGACACUUUCCAUAAAUUUGUCUCUCCACAUGAAGUCCUCCAUUUCACUGAAGGUGAGAUCCUCUCUAAGGUCAACGUGCACUGCCCGGUGUUUGACUACGUUCCUCCAGAACUCAUCACACUGUUCAUCUCCAACAUUGGAGGUCACGCACCAUCAUACAUCUACCGACUGAUGAGUGAACUGUACCACCCUGAGGAUCACGAGCUUUAAUUUGUGUUGCUGCGAAAUAAAUUUAACUUAAGCUGU